ACUGCGGCCUACUGAGGCCUACUGCGGCCCGGCCGCGAUGCCGCGGAUGCUGCGCACGUACUCUCGGCGCGGCGGGUACCUCCGCGCGCUGCCGCAGCCCGAGCGCUGGAUCUCUCCCCCUCAGGACCGCAGGCAGCUCUUCAGCUCCUCCUCGGCCGCCUCCAGCGCUCUCUCCGCCAACAAUCUGUCCAGCGCCCCCUCCGCCCAUUCGGACGAUCCCGAUUUCUCUCCGCCGAAGUUACGCCGCUUGAAGCCGUUGGGUGAGCGCCCCGCCCGCCCCCGGUACCUGCGGAGCCGGCGCGGGGCGGAGAAGGAGAACCGUCCCCCGGCCGCGCUCAGCUCCCCGUCUCCCUCCCCGCUGCCGCGCUGCUCCCGCCGCCGCCUCCAGGGUUCGCCCUCCGGCUCCAGCCGCCCCCUGCUCUGCAGCACCCCGCACUGGGCGCCCCCCGGCGGCGCCGCCCGCCCGUCCCGCAGCCCGGUAGAGCCGCUCCCGGAGCUCAGCGGCAGCCUGGAGCGCGGCCCGGCGCUGUGCUGCAGCCGGGAGCUCUUCUCGUCUCACGACGCCUCGCUCUGCAGCGCCGCAGACUCGCCGGGAGCAUCGCGGGGCGGCCCGGAGCGGAUCACGCCGUCGCCGCGCACGGGGAGCGGGAGGGACGGGGAAACGGGAGCGGCCCGUGCGGAGACACCGGGAGAGAGCAAAGAGCCGGGACCGCGGUCACCGACGGCGCGGAGGGUUCUCAGGGCGUCCGUGCGUCGAGCCGCAGCCGCCGCUCACCUCGAUGAUGAACCGCGGCUGUCGAAAGAGCCCCGCGGGGAUGUGACGGGCGAUGACACAGCGGGGAGCCCGGGCCGUCACGGGGACGCGGCCGAGCGCCAGCUGAUGCCGGUGGUGGUUUUGGACCGAGGGGACGUGCCGCUGUGGCUGAGCGGCCGGAAGGCGGCGUCCCCUCCGGGCCGAGAAGGAACCACGAAGUACCAACAUAAAAGUACCAAAGUGAUUCCCGGGGAGGGCAGCACCUGCAGGAAAGCCUGCAUCAGCGGCUUCAGUGCCAGCCGCUGGGGGAGGCAACCGCGGCUCAAUCCCAUCAGGCGCAAAAAUAAGAGGCAGCAGCAGACGGGCACCUCUGUGCUCAGACCGCGAUUAAGACCAAGAGGAAGAAACAAGGGUGCUCAGAUGUCAGUAGGGACAGAGGACACCGACUGCUCGUCCCUCAAUAGCUCCCUCCGCUGGGGUAGAUUUCGAGCAUCUCUGUCCUUCCACAGGAAAAAGAAAGUGUUCUCAUAUGACAGUUCCUAUGCCAGCAUCCUUUGUAACCCCUUUGUGACUUCCCAGCUUUCAGGGCACCAAGCAACCCUGUCUUCUAGUAGGGCUGAGAGCUACUCCUUGUCUGCUUCCUCUGUGGCCCUGUUGGCUCCCAUGAAUUCCUCUUCAGUCCUGGAGGUCACGCUUACAGACGCAGAGAAAGUGUUUAAGGAAUGCCAGCAGGAGGGACCCAUUGCUUUUGAGGAUUGCAUUCCCUUAGAUAAGACGAAAAACUGCAAGAAAAUUGGAGAAGGGGUGUUUGGAGAGGUUUUCCAGAUCGACAGUGACAGAGGACCUGUGGCCUUAAAAAUAAUUCCCAUUGAAGGAACAGAAAAGGUGAACGAUGAAGCUCAAAAGAGCUUUGGAGAGAUUCUACCUGAAAUAAUCAUUUCAAAGGAACUCAGUCUUCUGUCUGAAGAGUCCACGAAUAGGACUGUAGGGUUCAUCAGCUUGUACUCCGUGCACUGUGUUCAAGGGGCUUAUCCUAAAUAUCUCCUAAAAGCCUGGGACACAUACAAAAAGGUAAUGGGAUCAGAAAAUGAUCGGCCAGACCUGUUUGGGGAAGAGCAGCUCUUCAUGGUUCUGGAGUUUGAAUUUGGAGGAAACGAUUUGGAGUACAUGAGAAAGAAACUGACUAGUGUGGCUUCAGCAAAAAGCAUUCUGCACCAGGUGACUGCUUCACUGGCUGUGGCAGAACAGGAACUGCACUUUGAGCACAGAGACUUGCACUGGGGGAACGUGCUGGUAAAGAAAACGGACAAAAAGGAGCUUAACUACGUGUUGAAUGGGACUACGUGCACGAUCCCCACAGCAGGGAUCCACGUCAACAUCAUCGAUUAUACCUUGUCUAGGCUGGAGAAAGAUGGGUUAACUGUCUUCUGUGACAUUUCCACUGAUGAAGAGCUGUUUGAAGGCACAGGGGACUACCAGUUUGAUAUCUACAGGCAAAUGAAAGCGGAGAACUCCAACAGCUGGACUGACUAUCAUCCACACAGCAACGUCCUCUGGCUGCACUACUUGUCAGAUAAACUUUUGAAAAAUGUGGUGUACAAGAAAAAGGAAUCGACUUCUGCCAUGAGAAAAAUAAAGCAGCAGCUCACAAAGUUUCAUAAAGAAGUACUGACUUUUGGGUCUGCCCGUGAAGUUUUACGCAACAGCAGCCUCUUCCAGUGAGUGAGGCAGUGCAGGGCUUCCAAGAACUGAUGCUGCCCUUCUCCUUUGCUGUUUUUUAUGUACGGUCUUUUGAAUGUUAGCAGAAUGAGGUGUUAACAUCAGUUAGCAGUGUGUACAGUAAACUAUCAAAUGUGUAAAAAAAAACACACACACAAAAGUCUUCUGCUCUGGUACAUUCCCAUAUAAACUGUCUUUGAGGGGUGAGGGGGGGAAAGGAAAUGGGCUCAACCUCAGGGAGGAGGGGGAGAUGCCUUCAGGCCCAGUUCACAUUUUGAGUUCCACUUAGGUUAUUAAAAGUUCUUUCCUCAUUCUGUUGGUUUUCUUUUUGACAGCUGUGACCCUGAAUGCUGACAGCAUCCCAAAGCUGUAACCUGAUGGCGGCAUUUAAGCCAUUUAUCUAGAGAAGAAUAUGCGCAGGGGGUUCUUUAGUCUUGAUGGCAGCUGGGUGAGACAAACCAAGUCUGAAGUCAUAUCAAAUUCUUUGUUUUCAAGAAGUCCUUGGCUAACAUUCACAUACAUUAUAGAGACUGGCCAGCAGAGGAUGAUAAAUCAAUCUAAGUGAACAUUCAAUUUAAUUAUUAUUGAAAAUUAGUCCCUCCAAUGAGCCAGGUGCAUUAAGGAAUGAGGAAGAAGAACCUCCCCAUCUUCUAGGCUUUUACUUUUGCUAUCUUAAGCUACAGAAAGCAACCUGACAAUCUGCACUGCUUGGAAUUAUGAAGGUGUAAAUCAUAUUGGAGUCCUACCAGGAAUCCUCUCCAUCCUUUUUCCUCUAAUUGAUUGAAUUAAUGGAACAUAAUUGAAUAUUUUUAAAACAUAGUCAGUAAGGCCUGCAGUGAACGUGUAUCUGACAUCAAGGACGCGUUCUUCAGUCAGAAUGGUACUAUUUGCCAUUUAGGCUUGAAAAGAAAAAAGGCAGAAUGGAUAAAACAACUAUUACCUGCCCAUAUUGGUCCUUUAUUUCAGAAUUGCCAGCAUGGGCUGUACAAGAAGGAUGGAAAGUGGCAGUUAAAGGGAGAGGAGCCAGCCUGCUGCCCUGCAGGGUGAUGUACAGCAGUGCUGGAGUUGCUGUUUGUUACAUGGUCUCUGAAAGCUUCCAUUGCCUUGAGAUGUUUCCCCACAAAGCAGCGUUGAUCUGUCGAUGUGUAACGCUGCUUUCAUUCACCAAAACUGGAAGCUUCGACUUUUAAGUUGAUGUAGAAAACUUUGCCUUCAGCUGUGCUUGGAGGGAGGCGCAGCUGCCACAGAUGAGUCUGCAUUUCCUCUUUAAAAUUUCUGUUUAAUAAAAUUCUGUGUAUGAA